AUGCUCAAGCUCAAUGCGACUUUGGCCGCCUUCGUGGCGUGUGCCAGCGCUAUGGAUACCGCGCUUCACGGACAGUGGAACUGGACUCUCCUCGAAGAUGAGUUCGCCAAAGCCGGCUACGAGAGCACUAUCAAAGUCCCGUCAGGAGACUUGAUCGCUCCAGUUCUUGACUUCGCCGGUCCCGUCGACUUUGGCAACUAUUCCAUUAACGCUCCCUUGCUAUGUAAUGGCGAGAUUACCCACCUACAAUGUUUUACCUGGUUCGACGCCACCUUCGAUCCCAGUCGCUGUGCGGACGCCUGCGAGUCGCAGACUCUGUACUACCAGCAGAACAAUCAAGACCUGCGCUGUCGCUUCUUCAAUACCUACAUGAUCACAAAGAAUGGUUCCGACUAUGCUCAGUAUUGUGCACUUUACGGCGAGAACUGGAACUCCACCUGGGCGACCAACCCGGGGCAAUACGACCAGAACGGCACCUUCUAUGGUGUCUACGACUCGCAGGGAUACUUCAACGCAACUGAUUUAGGAGCCUGUCAAGGUAGCUUCUUCGACCAGCACCACCCAGCCCACCACUUCCCCAUCCACUACCGCCACUACUACGCUCACUACGUCUCCAUCCACCGCAAGAACCACCACCUCACCUACCACCACUUCGCCAUCCACCACUUCACCAUCUACAAUCUCAGCUUCUACCAGCUCAGCUACCACCAGCUCAGCUACCACCACCUCAUCUUUGACCACCUCAUCUUUGACCACCUCAUCUUUGACCACCUCAUCUUCGGCCACCUCACCUUCCACUACCGUUAUUACCGUUACUACUACGCUCACUCCGUCUUCAUCCACCACUGCUCCGUCUACUACGUCUCCGUCCACUACCUCACCUUCCACUACUGUUAUUACCGUUGCUACUACGCUCACUCCGUCUCCAUCCACCACUUCUCCGUCCACUACCUCACGUUCAACUACCUCACCUUCUACUACCGUUAUUACCGUUACUACUACGCUCACUCCGUCUCCAUUCACCACUUCUCCGUCCACUACGUCUCCGUCCACUACCUCACGUUCCACUACCUCACCUUCUACUACCGUUAUUACCGUUACUACUACGCUCACUCCGUCUCUAUCCACCACUACUCCGUCUACCACUCAAACGACAACUCAAACUACCACCUCAAGCUCCAGAAUAACCUAACCAUAUUCUCGUACGGGCAACUGUAUCAGGUCAAUGUCAGCACUGGUACGAGCACGCUCAUCAAGAAUAAUGUUGGUGGUGGCCUUUUCCAGGUCAACGCGAUGGGCUACAACUCGCUGGACAACUACCUAUAUGCCGCGCUUUUUACCACCCCAGUCCUACUUAUCAAGAUCAACUCCACCGGUGAUAGCAGCGCGGUCGAGCCUCUUCCAGUGUUCUCCACUGUCAACGCCCCUUACGCGGGUGAUGUAGACGAGGUGGGCUACUACUGGGCGUACAGCUACGUCAACAGCCAGUAUGUCAAGAUCGACGUCACGUCGGGAGCGGGCUACGGGUCAGUCGUGGCGGCCGGAAUCGCAAUCCCCGACCUCCUCAUCAACGUCAAUAUCCCCGACUUCGCGUACGUGCCGGGCGGCGGGAACUUCUUGUACGGCCUGGGGUACAACACUCUGCCCACUCUCUUCACACCCGUCACGUCGCGGCUGUACAAGUUCGACCGAACGCUCCUCAGGUGGUCCCUGGUCACGGACUUUGGGCACCUCACCGGCGGCGACAGAUGGGGCGCCGUCUACGCCGCUCCAGGUGGCAUCCUCUACGCCACCGAGAACGUGAGCGGCGAGAUCUGGAAGUUCACCUACCCCUUCACCGACAAGACCGGCGCCAACAGACCCGUCAAGGUGAGCACUGGAUUGAGCGCCGACUUCAAUGACGGUGCGCGAUGCAUCAAUGCGGCCUAG